AUGGCGAGCAGCAUUGGUGAGAUGGCGGUGAUUGCGCACCGCUUCAUCAUCUCACCACAGACGAGCCCACAGGCCUUCUGCAAUGUCAUCAAGUUGGGCACCUUCUGCCGAACCGUGGUGUGGCCAUGCUUGCCGCCACUGAUGAUGUACCAGUACAUCCGUGGAAAGGAUGAGGACAUGUACUCCAUUGACGUGCUCUACUACAAGUCUGGCUCCUCUGAAACCAAGGCCUUCUGGGAUGGUUCCCGGGUCCGGGGAUCUGGACACUGGCGCCUCAUGCAGGACUUGGAGACCAUCCGCGCUGCUGCCAAUUCUGAGUGA